UCAAAUCAGUUACUGUAUCUGACUCCUUUAAAGUCAACACAGUUGCAGACCUGCAGCCUAUAUGAUGUCUACUUAAAAUGCAACAAUUGGGUCUAUUGUUGUAUCAAGAAUGAUAAGUAUAAAAGGGAGACUGAGAAGGAAGAGUUGAGAGUGUGACAAUAGCCUUUUUGUGUGAGUGUGUGUGUGCCUGUCUGCAAACAAGAUGCUUCUCCUUAGCACGAUUUUUUGUUUAUUUUUAUCUCUCAACCUUACAACUGCUCAGCUUGAUCCUGAGGGAACAGAGAGCCCAGCUCUUGUACCCUGUCCUCCUUGUGACUGCAGUAAGCCUGUUAGCUGUGAGGAGCACGACAUUGACAAUCCCUGCAAUUGCUGUGCAAAGUGUUACAGAAGAGUUGGAGAAGUCUGUGGAGCUGAUGCUGGAGAAUGCACACCAGAUCUGCUCUGCUUGCCUGAUGACCCUUACUCUGCAAGCUAUAAGGGAAAAUGCUAUGAGAUUACACCUUGCUUGACUUUCGGUUGCUCUGUAAAAGGAGACAAGUGUGAAUGUUAUUAUAAUAAUGUCUGUCCACUUCAGAGACUCCCUUUUUACACAAGGGAAGAGUGCGAGGAUACAUUAAAAAUUAAAAAGUGUAAAGAGGUAAGAUGUCCGGUCCAAGAAGACUGUGGUGAAGGAAUGUAUUUUGAAGAAGGUCCAUCAUUCUUUGAUCAUUGUUGUCCAGUUAAUGGUCAUUGCGUGUGCAAUGUCUCAAUGUGCAGUGGACCACCAGAAUCUUGUCCUGUUGGUACCAAGCUAGCUGUGACAAGAUCAGCUGAUCAGGGAGCAGGAGUUUGCUGCAAUGAAUAUGAAUGUCAAUUAAUCACCUGCAGUCAUAAUGGUGUAAAGUAUAACUUUGGUGAUGAGUGGAGAGAUGACUCCUGCACUACAUGCACUUGCACUGAAACUGGUGCAGAGUGUGCAUCAGUGAACUGCUCUGAGCCCACUGAUUGCUCCAUCACUUACAUACCCGAGGGAGAAUGCUGCCCCGUUUGUUUUGAGUCAAAUGAAACUGCUAACCCACCAGCCAAUGCACCAUUAGGCUGCAUUACCCUGGAAGGAGAGAGUCACAUUAAUGGGGAGACAUGGGAGAUUAAUCCGUGUGUAUCCUGCAGGUGUAAUAAUAAUGAAAUAAAGUGUCAUGAGAAAGUCUGUGAUGCUGUUCCUUGUAACAUUGAGGAAGGACAAGAGUAUGUAUUUCCUGUGGGAGCCUGCUGUCCGAUAUGCAAAGACAAAACACCUCCCACUGGCUCACCUACUGUCGUCCUUAUGCCUACUUCUUUAAUGACUUCUUCAAUGAUUUCUACAAUGACUUCUUCCAGUACUAUUACAGUUACUGAAACUCCUUCCCCUAGCAAUGAUGAAGAUACUCCUAUGGAUAAUAUACCUAACAUUGGGAACAAUGGCCCUAGCAAUGAGCCUACCACGCCUAGCAACACCGAGGAAGCAACCCCGACCACCAAACCAGGACCCACCCAAACAAGGAAUCUCGUCCUUCUUCUCAACAUACCUUAUAUGGAAGUGAGUAAAAUGUGGGAUCAGUUCUCUUCAGAGCUAGCCCUCAAACUCAAAGAGAGAAAGAUAGAACUGCAAGAUAUUAGUGCUCUACCUGAUGUCUCAUCAACAGUGAAUGCUACACUAUUUACUCUUAAACUGAAGGAAAAUGCCACAGAGGCCAUUAAUUUGGAAACAUCAGAGUCUGACAUUGCAGUCAUUGUGAACCAAAUGGCAGUUGAUUAUAACAUGAUGCCAGGAAAUAUGAAUAACAACAAUAAUAAUAAUGUUCAACCAGUAUCAGAUGAAAGCUAUGACACUCAUUUAACUGCUACUAUUAUAGUAAUGACUCUACUAGCUGCUGUGACACUUGUCAGUUUCAUUGGUGUGGUCAUUAUACUAGUCAUCAUUAACAGACGACUCAAAACAGCAAAGACAAUUAGAGGAACACCAACUAAAUCAACCAAUAAAGGACCUUAAAAUUAUUAUUGUGAUUAUUUGAUAUCAAUUUUAAAACAAUAAUGUAAUGUAUCAUAGUAGUAACAGUAAUGUAACAAAUUAAAUUAAAAUAUAUACCAUUAAUUUUUGAGAAUCUGAUAAAA